GUGGAGUAAGAGAUUGGAAAGGCAGGAAUAGAAGACCACACCUUUUACCGAAUCCAGUUAAGAAAUGGCAUUAGUUCGGAUUAGAGUUGGGGAGUCAAUCAUGAAGACCCAAACCCAGGACACCCCAAUAAAACUUCAGGAGACCCUGAAGCGACAAAGAGACAUUCUGGCAUUCCGAAUGAAAAAACUGUCAUCAAAACAAUCUGACUUUAAUAGCAAAACUGCAAAACUUAAAGAGAAGAUUAUGAAGAAAUAUGAUGACAUGAAAAGGGUUUUGGAUGAAGACUUGCAAAUUACACUGUGCCAACUGGACACCGAGGCAGAGGCCAUGGAGAGAGCUGUUGAGGACAACAUUGAGAAGAGCUACUGCCUCACAAAGGAAAUUGACCAACAGUUGGCUGAACUGUCUGCACAGUUGGAGAAGGAUAAACAACAGAGCCAAGAGAAGAUGUCAGAGAUGAAGGUAAGGAUAAUGGAGACACUGAAGAAGACAGAUCCAGAGUUAAUACAGAUGGAUGAGUUUAAGAACAAGCAGCUACUCGGUUUAACCAUCAACCUGUUGCUGUUCAUUCGCUCACAGGUUCCUGUCACCAAGAAACUUUUUCAAAGCUAUGCCCAAGAAGUUGUUCUGGAUCCUGACUCAGCUCAUCCAAAGCUUAUUAUAUCCCCAGCAGGCGACUCAGUCACUUAUACCAACACCUGGCAGGAAGUUCCUGAAAAUCCCUCUCGCUUCGACACCACCCUGAACGUGAUUAGCCGAAAGUUCUUCCAGAAUGUUCGUAACUACUGGGAGGUGCAGGUCACUGGCAAGACAUACUGGGAGCUAGGGCUCACAUACCCCAACAUCCCCAGGAAGGGGCGAGAGGAAAACUGCUGGCUGGGCCGGUGCCCAAAGUCCUGGUGCAUUGAGUAUUUUAAUGGUGAUUACACAGCCUGGCACAAUGGCAUUCCCCAUGAGCUCACUCAUGUAUCUGGAAGAACAUUUGAGCGCAUUGGCAUCUUCUCCAGCUCAGAAGGAGGUUUCGUUUGUUUCUUGGGGGCCGACACCAUGAUGCCCUUGUAUAGCUUUUGUGCAGGAACCUUCACAGAUUCAUUAUACCAAGCUGUCUGUCCUGGUCACGACAACCAGGGUACAAACGGCAAGCCACUAUUGAUUUGUGAUGCUUCGAAAUACACCCAUAUCUUGUGAUGGACAACCAAUAAGAA